CCUGCCCGCUCACCGCUAUCGCCGACACCGCAGCCGAGCCGCCCGAGGCCGCCGAAAUGGCCCGGGGCGGCGGGCAGAACUGGACCUCGGGGGAGGCGGAGAGACAGGCAGAAACCCCCGAGCCAGAAGCAAAGAUGGUCAAAGAGACAGAGUAUUAUGACAUCCUGGGGGUGAAGCCCAACGCCCCUCAAGAGGAGAUCAAGAAGGCGUAUCGGAAACUGGCUCUCAAGUACCACCCGGACAAGAACCCGGACGAAGGCGAGAAGUUUAAACUCAUCUCUCAGGCCUAUGAAGUACUUUCAGAUGUAAAGAAAAGAGAAAUUUAUGACCAGGGCGGAGAGCAGGCUAUUAAAGAAGGAGGCACCACAAGCGGCAACUUCUCAUCACCCAUGGACAUUUUUGAUAUGUUCUUUGGUGGCGGAGGACGGAUGACUAGAGAGAGAAGAGGCAAGAAUGUCGUGCAUCAGUUGUCUGUGUCGCUUGAAGACAUAUAUAAUGGAGUCACAAGGAAACUAGCACUCCAGAAAAAUGUAAUUUGUGAAAAAUGUGAAGGAAUUGGUGGGAAAAAGGGAUCCGUUGAAAAAUGCCCCAUCUGCAAAGGGAGAGGAAUGCAAAUUCACAUCCAGCAGAUUGGGCCAGGGAUGGUCCAGCAGAUUCAAACUGUGUGUCUUGAGUGUAAAGGUCAAGGCGAACGCAUCAACCCCAAGGACCGGUGUGAGAACUGUAAUGGCUGUAAAGUUGUAAGAGAGAAAAAAAUUAUAGAAGUUCACAUAGAAAAAGGUAUGAAAGAUGGACAAAAGAUUAUGUUUCAUGGAGAAGGAGAUCAGGAGCCCGAGCUGGAGCCUGGUGAUGUCAUCAUUGUGCUUGAUCAGAAGGACCAUGGUACCUUUCAGAGGAGAGGCCAUGACUUGAUAAUGAAAAUGAAAAUUCAGCUCACUGAGGCUUUGUGCGGCUUCAAAAAGACGAUAAAAACACUGGAUAAUCGAACUCUUGUUAUAACUUCUAAGGCAGGUGAAGUGAUAAAGCACGGUGACUUGAAGUGUGUACAUAAUGAAGGCAUGCCCAUCUACAAAGCACCACUAGAGAAAGGCUCUCUCAUCAUACAGUUCUUGGUUAUCUUUCCUGAAAAACACUGGCUCCCCCAAGAAAAAUUACCUCAGUUAGAAGCUUUACUUCCGCCGCGACAAAAAAUAAGAAUCACAGAUGACAUGGAUCAAGUAGAACUCAAGGAAUUUAACCCCAACGAACAAAGCUGGCGCCACAGUGCAGAAGCCUAUGAAGAGGACGACGAGGGCCCCAGGGCGGGAGUACAGUGCCAGACGGCGUGAUGUGGCGGGGUGUGAGCGGACUAGCAAACUGAUGAAUGUAAAGUUGGCACAAUGAAAAUGGCAUCCUUUAAUAGUCUUGUGUUUGGGGCGUCAUGUGUGUGCGUGCGUGUGCGCGCGCAUGUGUGUGUGUGCGUGUGUGUGUGUGUGUGUUCAGCACAAGGAAUUGCUGAGUGUCCCAUUUUCUGGUUGUAUCUUAAGUUAUAGCUUAAUUUAUAUUUAAAUGUUUUUAAGUGUAAAUCACAUCUAGUCUGCAUAUGGAAUCUUUUUAUUUACACUUCUAGGUUGUAGCUUUGAGAAGCCCCUCAUUCAGAGUUGUGGUUCUCAGGCAUCAGUCCCAUCCCCAGAGCAGAGCUGGUGCUGCAGGGCAGUCGGGCAGCCACAGGCAACCGCACCCCAUCCCACAUUUGCCCAUGCCAGUGAGAGAGGCUCUCCUCUCUGGGCCCACCCACUGCUGCUAAGAUGCUGCUUUGGGGAAGGCCCAAGAUGCACCUACACACAUCCCUCUGUCUGCCUUACCACAGGGAGAGGGGAAGGGCAGCCUUCAGCACCCACCAGAAGGUGGGCCAAGAUCUCCCUUCUCGCCUGGAAGUUACCAGGCAGUCUUGGAUUGGAUUCUUACAUCACUACUAAGCUAUCCAAAACAUUUGUUGGUAUAAGCAAAAAAAAACCCAAAACAAAACAAAAAACAAAACCUAAAAAAAACCCAAAACCCAAAAAACUUAAAAAAAAAAAAAGUUUGGAGAUUAUAUUGAAAAUCCAGUUUGGCUGUAGUCCCCUUGGUUGCCUGUUGCCCAUUUUACAUUGCUUUUCUAAUGUUGCUACCCUAUAGAACACUGACCAACCCAAACAACCCCCUCUGAUGCUGGGAUGUCUGUAGUGAAACAGUAGCAAGUGGAGAUAUUUCCGUGUCUGAGCGGCUUCAGGAACCAUUUGUAAAGUUCUGUAAAUCAAUUAGUACUCUGUUCAAUAAGUUGAUGUUUGCCAUUUCUUUUACUCACGUGUCCUAUAAAAUUUAACUUUUUUAAAAAAGUAACAACUGAGUAAGCUUGCUUUUUAUACUCGCCAAAGGGUGGCAGACACCAGGCUGGCAGUCCUACUGUCUAUUUGGAGGGCUUCCUCCUCUCGCCCUAUUCUCUGAAAACACUGUCAUUGGCCACUAAUGGAUCUCAGCUUUGCUCCCAACCCAUCACCUCUCUCUAACCUUGACCUCUACCUAUCACAUUCCAUUUUAUGUGAUAUAAGUCAACCAUGGGCUGGCUGGCUACCACCACUGAGGUGUGAUUGUUGACAGUAAAAUGGGAAAUGUCAUCAGUCGAAUCCUUCCAAUCUUGUAGUAAAUUUUUAAAAUGCCAAAUAUGAGACAAUCCUGUUGAAACAGACUUGAGUUAGCUAGGAUAUUCUUAGCUACAGUGGGUAAAGGCCAUUUCUUGAAUUCUGACCUAUUUGUGAGGCAAUGUAGACAAGCAGUCGGGUCCAGGCGACUAGAUAAUAGUUGCUGGGCUAAGACCUAGAGAUAAAUCUCAUUUGUACAAUGCUAAUGGUUCCUUUCCCAGUGACUCAAAAUAGCCAGAUUUAGCUGGUACCACACAAGAGGUAGGACCCAAAGUGCUCAAAAUGUAUGCCUGGCCAAUAAUAAGGUGCCCAGAACAGAGCAGUGUGAUGGAUUUCUUUGUGCCUGUACACAAAUAAGGUUUCAUGUGCCCCCCAUCCUGGCCAUUUGGUGGUGUUCUAACAAGAAUGAUUAGUACUUAGCACUGUUAGUUCUAUCACAAUUUAAUUUAUUUUUUCUACAUUCUUCUGUUGAUUAAGUAGACUGAAUGGGGGACCAGAGAGGGAGGGGAGUUGCUUUAAAUAAUUUUUUCACUUGUAUUUAUUUUCAAGUCAUUCUAAAAAUAAAAUUGAGCUGGUAUUUGAAAGAUAAAUGACUUUUAUUCCUUUU